AAAGGAUUGUGAAAGCAGGCAAAGACCAUACAAACAGAAAUGGCUUGGAACUAUCACGUAUAUCUGCUGGAACUGAUGAUUCUGGGAUUAUUUCUCACAGAUACCAGCGGAGCGACAGAUGUCCAUAUGAUUGUGAGUGAUGGUGAAAAUGUCACUUUUUCUUGUAACAAAACUCUUUCUGACUGCACACCAACUUCAUGGAUAUAUUAUAAAGAAAGUCCUUCAAAUGCCGUUAUACUGUUUGAUGAAAAUCUCAAGAUGAUUGAUAAUGAAAGACUGAGUCUGGGACCUAAAUGCUCUCUGAACAUCUAUAAUGUCACAAAAGAAGAUGCUGGGUUUUACAUCUGUCGCCCACAAAUGGAGAAAUCUUCAUCUACUGAUACCAAUGUUUAUCUGCAUGUUCUUCAAGUAUCUCCACUAUCUGAGAUGGAACCAGGCAGCUCUGUCACUCUCUCCUGUCACGUGUAUUCAUAUGAUAACUAUUUUUGUAAGAGUUUGUUUAUUAUUGAGGGGAUGCAACUGAUGUGGAUAAAUGGAGCUGGUGUUAAUCUACAAUCAGACUCCAGAUAUCAGAUCUCAUCUUCAACAGAACACUGUAACAGCAGUCUGAAUACAACACUCCUGAAUGAAGACGACAACAGAGAGUUGAGAUGUCAGAUUAUUACAGGAACCUCAAAAGUUAAGACCUCAGCCGUAUACACUGUCAGGAAUUUGGGAAAUUCACCCAGCAAUAAGAAUGGGACUGGAUCAGUAAUAAGAGUGAUUAUUUUUAUCGUAGAGGUUGCAGGACUGACAGCACCUACUGUUAUUCUUCUCUUGAUCAUCUGUGAAAGGAGAUCUGGUAAAAGAAGAGCUCAAAGCACAAGACUGAGUUAUGUGAAUUGCUCAGAAUCAGUUGUAAUAAAUGAUUGUUGAUAUACAAAUUAUAAACAUGAUGCAAGGAAUAUUGAUUAUAUGUAGUGCUAUAAAAUAAAGCCUCAAAUCAAAGUUGAGGAACUUGUUUAUCUUAUCUUCUCAAUCAUAUUGCCACAUUUUUAACAUCUGUUUUUUAGACUUCUCCAAUUACAAUUCAGAUUUUCAUGCAAUUUUAAGAAUUUUAAGUCAUCAAACCAUACAUUUAUUCAUUUAAUUAUAAUUUUGAAUAAUAAUAGCAAUAAUAAUAAUGAAUAGUAAAAUAAUAUAAUAAUAAAAU